AUGUCGGUGGUUGGCCGAUUCCGGCUGAUCGUGCCAGCGGCGACUGCGAAGCCGUCGCCCGCCAUCGGACAAACUCUGGGUCCCCUCGGCAUCAACAUGAUGCAGUUUUGCAAAGAGUUCAACGCACGCACGGCGAAGGUUCGCCCCGAGGUGCCGCUUCAAGUCACCAUCGUCCCCCUCACAGACAGAUCCUACAAAUUCAGCAUUCGCGCCCCCAGCAACAUUUGGUUUCUGCUCCGAACUGCGAGGUGCCCGAUGGGCAGUGAAUCCCCAGGCCACCAAAGUGUCGGAAACGUCACCCUUAAAGAGAUUUAUCACAUCGCGAAGUGCAAGAGCAUGGACUGGCCUUUGAUCGGCAUGUCGCUUCGGGGCAUUUGCCGCUCUCUCAUCGGCACGGCACGUGCCGCAGGCAUCGAGAUAAGCCGAGAGAUCUUGCCAGCCUACCACAAGCGCGACUACACAGAUGUUCAGGCUCUCGAGAGCAUGCGCAAAGACAUGCGGCAACGGAAGAAAGCCGCCAAACGAGCGUCGGCGAAAAAAUGA